AUGAGCGACAUCCCAAUAACACCGCCGUCGCGCUCUCUCGCCGGCAAAACCGCCAUCGUCACCGGCGCUGGCUGCCAGGGCGAUGGAAUUGGCAACGGCCGUGCAAUCUCCAUCCUCCUCGCCAGCGACGGAUGCAAUGUCCUCUGUGUGGAUCUGAACCGCGAGUGGGCGGGGAAAACGGUGUCCAUGAUCCAGGACCAGGCGCAGUCAAAUCCGGAUUAUGGCGCUGCAGCAGCCAUAACGGCAGACGUCACCAGCGCAACCGACUGCUCGGCUGUCGUGGACUAUGCAUUAUCCAAGUAUGGCCGGGUAGAUAUACUGGUCAAUAAUGUUGGAAUUGGUGGUGCGGCAGGGACAGCGGUGGAUGUGGACAUGGAGGCGUGGUCGAAGAGUCUGGAGGUUAACGUGAACUCUAUGGUGUUGAUGGCCAAGUACGCCAUUCCGGCGAUGGGGAAGAAUGACGCUGAGGUCCGAGGGAGUAUCGUGAAUAUGGGCAGCGUCGCAGGACUGAAGGGGGGCACGCCGCAUCUGCUGUAUCCGACGAGUAAGGGGGCUAUUGUGAACAUGACAAGAGCAAUGGCGGCGCACCAUGCUGAGGAUGGGAUCCGGGUUAAUUGUGUCUGCCCGGGGAUGCUCUAUACGCCCAUGAUGUACGGCAACGGAAUGAGCGAAGAGGCCCGCGAGGCCCGUCGGAAACGCAGUCUACUCGGCACAGAAGGGAAUGGCUGGGACUGCGCAGCAGCAGCUGUAUUCCUGGCUGGUCCGCAUGCUCGAUGGAUGACGGGCGUUAUACUCCCUGUCGACGCUGGCACAACAGCCGCCGUCGGAAUCGGGAUGCCCAAGAGCGCAAGUGUAAAUGCAUAG